GAUUGCAGUUGUGAACAGAUAGUGACACAUGAAGAGCCGACGGACAUCCAAUUCAUCAGUCAACCAUAUACCCUAUCAAAAUGAUCAUUUUUUGACCUGGUUUGGUUGCCUUCCAUCAGUUUUAUAUGUUGUUUUGGUAGAUUUCAGGUAUUCUUUAAUGCGUUAUUGGCACAUUCUUCACUCCUUUCCCCGUUGAAAAGAAAGGAAAGUUCUUUAUUUUGUUUCCUUUUCUUAAAGAAUUGGAAAGGAUAGGAAAGUGUAACGGAAGGGAGAAUUGUUCUCCUCGACGUCAUGGCAAGAAGAAGAAGAAGAAGUAAUGGAAGGGGGAGAUUGAUCUUACGUAGUUAAAAGCGAAUUCUCCCUCGCCUUCGAUCCUUGCAUGGUUACAGGAGUUGUCGGAGAGGUUACUGAUGAAAGGCUUGAAUGGUUACAGGCUUGGUUUUGCGGUAUCGGUUCCCCUUGCCGGUUACUUCAUUGCGAAUCCGAGACCAGCGGCCUCCGCCUCUUCAGGUCUCUGAUCUCACCACCCCCAUCCGAUCCUUUUGCAUUUCUACUCCCGAGUGCCCCCAAGAACCAAUCCAUUUUAUGAUGAUUUCUUUUUCUUUCGAUCCGUUGACAGCGGGCGCCGAGUCACGAGUUGCUGUUGGCAGAUCGGAUGUUCCUGUAUCCUCUGGAGGUGCCAGAAACCUAAAAGAUGAGAUCCACAUCCAAGAAAUUGAGGAAGCCUUGGCAAAUAUAAUUCAUGGCACUUCUACCACCAGAACCACCACCACCACCAUGGCCAUCAACUCCAUCCAGGAACAUUCUGAAAGCAGCAAGGAUUCCUGGGAUGAAGACGGAUCCCUCUUGCCACAACUCAAGCAGCCGUCACCACAAGACCCCGAGAGCAGCCCGAUGAAACUCACGCACGGCGAGUUAGGUGUUGAGAAGGUGGACAUGGAGCAAGAAAUUGCAUACGUUCAGGAGAGGGACAGAAGCAAUCUGAUGGAUCACCUGAGAGAGCUUGAGGACCAGUUAAGAAUCAAGAUGAUGAAGGCCAACAGUUUGUCCCUGCAAGUUGAGUCCUUGAAUGAAGAGUAUCAAAGUCCAAGAAUUCAGGACUCGGCGCACUUAGGAGCGAUCGGCGAGCUUGAAUCCAUGGAGAUGAUGAUAAACCGUCUCCUAAUUGUGUUGAAAUCACAUUGGUCGUACUCAAGGCAUAAAGGGUUAACAAUCUCUGAUGAUAAGAACCAGAAGCUGCCGAUGGAGUUGGAUGAUGAGCAGAGCAAUUUUGGCAACACUAACUCGAAUUCGGAACAGAAGAAUCUGAUGUUGAUUCUGAGACUGGAGUCUGCAGAAAAUCUAGCUUCUUCCUGUUUUGCUCCUACAGGCCAAGAGGUGGAAGCUCCGGAAACAAACUACACGAUCGAAGCAAAUGAAACGGCAAGGGAUAUCGGGCAGCAAUCGGAUGAUCAUAGCAAAGAAAUUGUGCAAGUGUUGGAAGUUAGAUUGAUCGAAGACUGCUCAAAUUUUGAGCAAAGGAAACCUGAGUUCUCUUCCGAGAAAGGAGAAGAAAGCUGCACAAGUGAAUUGGUGAGUGCUGAGACAGAGAAGAAACAUGCAAAUUUGGCUAACAUGGAGAAGAAUUGGUACCUUGAGGAAUCUGAUACGCAGGUGCCAGAGAACAGUGACGAGCCUAUGAACAGUUCCUCUGAUGUAUCUUCCACGACGAGCAGUAGCAGUGUAGGCAAAUCUAAACAUCAGAGCCCACAUAGAAGAAAACUAUUUAGCAAGCUCAAGAAAAUGUUGUCGGGAAGGCACAGCCACAGUAAGGAAAAGAUCUACAUAAAUAAAACACCUAUAAGCUGUGCCAGUUCUGAUACCAGGGAAUCAGUUUCCGCAUGUAGCUGGGAUGAUGCGAGGAGUAAUCCUUCUUACAGCAUGCUUUCAUGCUUCAUGGAGGAGGAUGCCUUGGCCGACGGUUUGUCCAAGACAAAAUCCAGCGAUGAUCGAUGGAAGAGUAAUUCUGCAUGGUGUCAGAGCUUCUUCAGAUAUCCAAUUGGAAUUCCACAAGCAAAGAGUUGUGGUCUACGAGAUGAAGAUAUGGUUGCAUGCUGCAAAAGCAAUCAGGGAGAACCCCUAUUCCAUAAAAGAAAUGGCUACCGGAGAUGACAGAGUGAUUGCUUUAAAGAUAAUUACCAUUCAUUUGUGGUUGAUGCCAGUGCUCGGAUCGGAUGUAUAUAGAGACAGCAUCUGAUCGCUCCUGUAGGUGGACGUCCUUUGCUGCCAUGGCUUGGGUUUGCAUCUGUAAGAUUGUAAGCUCACCUAAGUUUAAGCUUAUUUCUGGAGAAAUGAGGAAAAAGUUUCCA